AUGAGUUUGCCACUAAACCCAAAACCAUUCCUUAAUGGCCUUACUGAUAAGCCAGUAAUGGUGAAACUGAAGUGGGGUAUGGAAUACUAUGGGUACCUGGUCUCUGUGGAUGGCUACAGGAAAACACAGCUCACCAAUACAGAGGAGUAUAUUGAUGGGGUAUUGUCUGGACAUCUUGGAGAAGUUCUAAGGUGUAAUAAUGUAUUGUAUAUAUGA